AUGAAUGAAGAGAAGAAGUACUCGGGCGAGUUCGUCCGCGAGACUUACCCCAAUGACGAUAUCCAGCCUGGUGAGGUUCACGACAACUCCGACGACCUGCAACGCCAUCUUGGAAACCGUCAGAUUCAACUCAUCGCCAUUGGCGGUUCCAUCGGUACCGCAUUGUUCGUGAGCAUCGGUGGUGCCCUUAACAAAGGUGGUCCUCUUGGUCUCAUCAUCGCUUAUGCUGGAUAUUCGUGUGUUAUCGCCCUAGUGAACAACGCCAUAGCCGAAAUGUCCACAUUCAUGCCCGUCUCUGGAGGUUUCGUUCGAUUGGCAGGUCACUGGGUCGACGAGGCCUUUGGGGUUAUGGCUGGCUGGAACUUCUUCCUCUACGAAGCUUUGCUCAUUCCCUUCGAAAUCACGGCUCUCAACAUUGUCCUGAAAUUCUGGAGAGAUGACAUCCCAGCGGCUGCGGUCUGCGCGGCUGUCAUCGUGCUCUAUGGUACCUGCAAUAUCCUCGCUGUAAAGGCGUAUGGCGAGGCUGAGUUUUGGCUGUCUGGCGGCAAGGUCUUUUUGAUCCUGAUCUUGUAUGCCUUCACGUUCAUCACCAUGGUCGGUGGCAACCCCCAGAAGGAUGCCUAUGGUUUCCGUCACUGGCGCGACCCGGGCCCGAUGAACUCUCAUGGCAACGGUGACAUGGGUCGAUUCGAAGGCUUUCUCGGCUCCCUCUGGGCUGCUUCUUUCUGCGUCGUUGGCCCUGAGUACAUCUCUAUGGUGUCCGGUGAGGCUAAGCGCCCUCGCGUUUACAUCAAGAAUGCCUUCAAGACUGUCUACUGGCGAUUCGGUGCCUUUUUCAUCCUUGGUGCUCUCUGCGUUGGCGUCGUUCUUGCCUACAACGACCCGGAGCUCGAGAUCGUUUUGGAAGCUGGUACGACAAGUGCUGCCGCGUCGCCCUAUGUCAUCGCUAUGAAGAACCUUCGUAUCGAUGGACUUCCUCAUCUCGUCAACGCCCUGUUGAUUACGAGUAUAUUCUCUGCUGGCAACACGUACACGUACUGUGCUACUCGCAGCUUGUACUCGCUUUCCAUCGAGGGCCGCGCCCCCAAGUUCCUCCGAAAGUGCACCAAGAAUGGUGUGCCGAUCUACUGCUUUGUCAUCGUCAUGCUUUUCCCCCUCCUCUCCUUCCUCCAGUUGUCAGACAAUUCCGCCAAGGUCCUAACCUGGCUCACCAACAUCAUCACUGCCGGAGGGGUGAUCAACUAUAUUGUCAUGUGCGCUACCUACCUUGCAUUCUACAAAGCCUGCAAGGUUCAAGGUCUUGAUCGCAAGACUCUACCGUACUGUGGUUAUUUCCAGCCAUACGGUACCUGGUUUGCGCUGAUUUUCGAGAUUGUGGUCGUCUUUGUAUACGGCUACUCCGUCUUCAAGCCAGGCGGCUGGAAGCUCGUGACUUUCUUCACCAACUACACUAUGGUUGGUCUCGCUCCCAUCACCUUCACUGUCUGGAAGGUUCUCAAGAGGACCAAGUGGUUGAAACCCCACGAGGUCGACCUUGUCUGGGAUGCUCCUCUCAUCGACGCCUACGAAUCCUCGUUUAUUUCAGCUCCCGUGGGAUUUUGGCAAGAGAUGCUUCAACUUAUUGGUCUUAAACGCAACCUCGUCGUUGACAAGCGGGCUGUUUAA